CGCGACGUUUACAGAGUUGAAGGGAAGGCUGCAUUGUAUCGUUUGAUAGCAACGUUAGUUGAACCAACUUUGGAGCAAGCCUGCGACUACCCAUAACGUGUCGCCAUCGUUUAGUAGAUUGCUAUCUUCAUCGUCUGACAUAUCUAGGUCAACAUGGUCAAAAAGAAGGUUGGGGGUGGAAAGCGCUACAAGGCGGUUGCAAAUGCCAAGGCACAGGGGCUCUCUGAGCCUAAAUGGGAUGGCCCGGCACCACCCCUGCACAUCCAAAAGAAGCUAACCCGCAAGGUUCAGUUCUUGGACAAAGUAUCCGCCAACGCGAGCACCCUGGCAGCCAAGUCCGGAGGCGUCAACAAGAAGACGGGUCGCAAGAAGGCGCUGCCCGACCUGAGCACCCUGGGGGCGGUACUAGACGAGGUGGCACAGCGGGGCGCGGGAGCCGGCGGCGGCAAAGAGGGGAAGGAGGAGAAGAAGCAGCGGGGCGCGUCCGUCAACUCGGCCAAGCAGCGACAACAUAUCCUGCUGGAGGAGUCCCAGCGCAUGCAACAGGUGCUGCGGCACCCGCUCUACAAGGCCGACCCAAUCGCCGCCAUCACAAACCACCUGCAACACACGCUACCGCCGCCGCCGCCAGCACCCAAGUCUGCGCCCGGUAAGCCUGGCAAGAAGAA